AUGCUGGAUAAGUAUAAUCUCCGAAAUCCUUCGAAAGGCACGCUGUACUUCGCCACGACGCACCUUAUAUUUGUUGAUCAUGAAAUGCGAAAGGAGACAUGGAUACUUCUAAUGCACAUAUCGUCAGUCGACCGGCUGCCAAUCACAACAACUGGUUCGCCCUUACUCGUGCGCACAAAAACAUUCCAGUCUGUAUUCUUCGUGAUACCGCGCGAGAGGGACUGCCACGAGAUGCAUCAGACUCUACUGAGAUUGAGUCAGCCUGUUCAUUUAGACGAAUUAUACUGUUUCCACUACAAAUCAACACCAGAUGACUUACCAAAGUCUGCUGGUUGGAAUUUCUUCGAUAUACAAACCGAAUACCAAAGAAUGAAUGUGCCAAACGAAAACUGGGUCCUUUGCAAUGCAAAUAAGGACUAUGAGCUAUGUGAUACUUACCCAAGUGAGAUCUAUGUACCUGCGAGAGCUUCUACCGCCAUUUUACUCGGCAGUGCGAGUUUCAGGUCCCGGGGUCGCUUACCCGUCCUCGCAUAUUUACAUCACAAUAAAGCUGCCAUAGCGAGAUGUAGUCAACCCUUAAGUGGAUUUUCUGCUAGAUGUAUGGAAGAUGAACAAAUGUUGGAUUUGAUCCGACGAGCGAAUCCGAACUGUGGAUAUAUGUAUGUGGUGGACACGCGGCCCAGAAUAAACGCAAUGGUGAACCGAGCGGCCGGCAAGGGAUAUGAGAAUGAAGCGUUCUAUGAAAAUAUCAAGUUUCAGUUCAUGGGCAUUGGCAAUAUACACGUGAUGAGGAAGAGUCUUCAGAAAUUGGUUGAAACGUGCGAGCAGAAUACACCUACGAUGUCAUCGUUUUUAAACGGCUUGGAUUCUUCGGGUUGGCUCAAGCACAUCAAAUCUAUCCUGGACACGUCGUGGUGGAUCGCGCGCGCCAUCGAGUCGGGCGCCAGCGUGUGCGUGCACUGCAGCGACGGCUGGGACCGCACGGCGCAGGCCUGCUCGCUCGCCGCGCUCUGCCUCGAGCCGCACUACCGCACCGUCAACGGCUUCCAGGCUCUGAUAGAGAAGGACUGGCUGUCGUUCGGGCACAAGUUCACGGCGCGGUGCGGGCACGUGGCGGGCGACGCGCGCGAGCGCUCGCCCGUCUUCACGCAGCUGCUGGACUGCACCUGGCAGCUGCUGCGGCAGGCGCCCGAGGCUUUCCAGUUCAAUGAGAGGUUCCUGCUGACCCUGCACGACCACGCGCACGCCUGCCAGUACGGCACCUUCAUAGGGAACUGUCAGAAAGAUAGGCGAGAUUUAAGAUUAUCUGAACGCACAUUCUCCCUCUGGGGCUAUAUGGCGAGUCACCUCAACGAGUACAAGAACCCGCUUUACAACCCCAAGUCUCAUCCUGACGUCCUCAAACCUGACCUGAACGCUCAAAGCAUUAGGUUUUGGCGCGGCAUGUACUGCCGGCACGAGAGCGGUGUGCACCCGCGCGAGUCGCUCGCGGACAUACUGCCGGCUGCCGUGGAACAUUCUGGAGCUCUGACACACCAUAUUGAUUAUUUGGCUAAGAGAAUAACGACGUUCAAAAACCUUCUAUCAGGACGUAAAGCCGAGAAGGAUCGGGACACGGCAGUAGUCAACUAUCAAAAUGGUGGCACCGAUACUGUCGAGAUUGAAACCAAAGUGGAAGGCUUGCAGAUAGAUAAUAAAUUACUAUAUGAGACUGGAGGCAGUCUGUCGGAGCUCGAGUGCGCGAACCACGACCAUCCCCUCAAAGACACGGCCACGACUCCGUCCAAACCUAACAAAAUACCACUUAUUACUGAGCAGAAGACAGAUUCAAGUAUCCCGUCGAGUUUAUCACAACUCGAGGCUGAAAUUAACACCGUGGCUUUGGAUUGGAAGAGUAUUAAAAAUGUCACCGAGUGCAGUUGCUCUACACCACUCGACCAUUUUAGUAGAAAGCACCACUGCUGGGGCUGCGGGCGCUGCGUGUGCACGCGCUGCGUGUGUGCGCGCGCGCCGCUGCCGGCGCUGCGGGCGCCGCGCGCCGCGCCGCUGUGCGCCGCCUGCGCGCCCUCCGCGCCCGCCUCGCCCGCCACGCCCACCGGUCUGGUGAUGCCGGCCACU